AUGAAAUUCAUCGAUGAGCUGGAUAUCGAACUUGUGAACCAAACGUUGAACUUUGACACCAGCGAUUGCAGUGUAAAUGGCGGAUGCGAUAUUUUUACCACGAAAGCAGUAGCUUCCGAUAAAAAGCUUUAUAAGACCAUCGAUAGACACUUAGACGCACUCUUGGUGGAAAACGAGGGCUUCAACAGUGCUGUACAACAGCAACUUGCGUUGGAAAACGCGGAAAGCGUGUCUUCGUCGCCGUCGGAACAAGCACAACAUCUGUACAACACACGCGGAGAGUCUGGGUCGCCUUCGACUUCGUUUUGGGAACAGAAAAGACGUAUUUCUGUGAGCGAAAACAACGGUGGUAAUAGCUCAAACGGCCAAUCGUCCAAGACCCAUAAACUGAACGACCAAAACUUAAAAGAGCUGGUCAAUGCAGCCGAGUCAGGUUAUGUAAGCUCUUCGUCCACAGACUCCCAUUCCCGCGCAACCAAUGGUGCCCUGAGGCGUAGCAGCAGCUCUGGAAGUAUGGCUCUGGGCUCCAGCUUGCAGAGAAGAAGGUCUUCGGCCCACAAAGAAAGCGUCAAUAUCGGUCCAUUCGGACCUAUAAACGAAACUGCAAGCAGAAGAACUUUUGCGUAUUUGAUUGCCAUUUUGAAUGCGUCGUAUCCAGAUCACGAUUUCGCAUCUUUAGAGCCCACAGAUUUUGUCAAGAGUUCCAUGAAGUCUUUGAUUUCGAAAUUUGAAAACACUCUUAUAUCUUUCGGCAAGCAGCCUCAAGAAUGGAUAUGGGAAACCAUAAAUUCUCAUAUGGAUGUUUCUGACUGUGCCAUCUACCGCUACAAACCCUCAAAAUCUUUUCUUGAUGAUGAACCGGGUCAUUUAUGGAGUCUGAUGUGGUUUUUGUUCAAUAAAAAGAGGAAAAGAGUGGCAUACCUCUAUCUAAAUGUUUUCAGGUUGAAGAGUGCAUCGUCCGAAAACCUUCUACAAUCCGGUGUCGCCGAGGAAGACGAGGAUGACCAUGAGAAGGAACAAACAGGCACGCGGCACAGGCGGAAAUUAACGAUCGACCAUGAAACAAACGCCUUUGAAGGUGAAUAUGACCUAACAUGUAACUCACAAGAUGAAGUGGCUAUCGAGGAAGAAGAUGAGCCCAUGGAAGACUAG